AUGCUUUCGCGGGCUCUGUCUAGAAGUAUUGCUUGCCGUACCUAUAGCACCACCACAAAUCCGAAAAAUGAGAUAUUUAUCGAGCGACUUUCUGGAAAGGAUCAAGGCAUCACACUAAUUCAAAUGAAUCGAGCUCCACAGAAAAAUGCGUUGGGCAAGGUGUUCAUGACACAAUUCCGACAAAUUUUGGAUGAAAUCAAAUUCGAUAAUUCAACCAGAGUUGUUAUUUUGAAAUCCAACGUAGCUGGAACAUUUUGCACCGGGGCGGAUUUAAAAGAGCGCAAAGAAAUGCAUGUAGAUGAAGUUCCGAAAUUCGUCGAUUCUCUUCGCAACGCUUUCACCGAUAUUGAAAAACUCCCACAACCUGUAAUCGCAGCAAUCGAUGGUUAUGCUUUGGGCGGUGGUUUGGAAUUAGCAUUGGCUUGUGAUAUUCGCGUAGCAACAAAAAGCUCAAAAAUGGGAUUAGUUGAAACGAAAUGGGCGUUGAUUCCAGGUGCUGGAGGAACUCAAAGAAUGAGUCGAGUUGUUGGACCAUCAAAAGCGAAGGAAUUGAUUUAUACAGCUGAGAUUUUUGAUGGACAACAGGCUGAAAAGUUAGGAGUUGUUAAUCAUGCUGUUGAUGAUUCCGUCGAAAAAUCUCUAGAGAUUGCGAGGAAAAUUAUUCCAAGGGUGAAUAUUUUUUGAAUUUGAAAUCUUAGAAAAAUAUAAUAUAUUAUUAUAAUUUCAGGGACCAGUUGCUGUAAAAAUGGCAAAACUCGCAAUAAAUCUCGGUUCACAAACUGAUAUAAGCAGUGCUUUGAGUGUUGAGCAACAAUGUUAUGCUCAAAUUGUUCCGACCAAAGAUCGUUUGGAAGGUUUGAAAGCAUUUGCUGAAAAACGCGAGCCGGUUUAUAAAGGAGAAUAA